AUGGAUGCAUUUCUGCAUAUAACAUUAUUAAACGAAUGUUAUUCGAAAAAUAUUCAACCCUUGACCGAAAAACAUUUAAAACAAAUUGAAAUAGAUGAUGAACAGUUAAAAACACUCAAACUUGAAUUGGAACAAAAAUACGAUUUAAUCGAAGAAAAAAUUCGACAAAAAGUAAACGGUAACACUGUUUUAGAUAUAGUUGAUGAACAAAUUGAACAGUUAGAAAAAUUACAAGAAAGAUAUGAUCAACUUGUUGAGAAACGUCAGAAAAUAGCCACAAAAAAUCACCAACAAUUAGAAAAAUUUAUAUCGACAUAUGAGCUAGCUUUAACUGCAUUGAAAAUGGAUAUUAGUGAUCGUAGCGUGUUAGCAAAUUCGAUUAACAAUGGCGAAGAUCAACAAUUGAACAUCGAGCCAUUAAAUAAUUCAAAUCUGUUUCAAAAUUCACAAUUUAAUACUCAACAAAUGGAUACAUUGUUCAAAAGAAGAUUGGAUAACUAUUGGAAAGAUGGUAGUUCUAUACAUUAUCGUUAA